UUUCAUCGCACUAAGCCACUUUUGACAUAAACUUUGUCGGAUCGCAGGAUACUUGAAUUAGGAAAUCAAAUGCAGGAACACUGAAAAUUGAGAAACACUCGCAGUAUUAGGCAAAAUUGCAGGGUGUAGAAAUUCCAGAGUCCAUAGAGAUGGAAGAGGAGAAAGAAAGAAGAGAGGUGAAGUAAGAAGCAAUGGAGAGAAUUACAGAGAGACUAUCAGCUUUGGAAAAUCUAUACUUCCCACAAGCUCUUCUUUCCAAGGCUGCCACCCCUUCCCUCCGCAAGCCCCUCCUUCUCGACCUCCUCCGCCGUGACGUCCCCGUGUUUUUAGAACGCUAUGGUCCACAACUGACAUCUCAAGAACUUCAAGAGUUCGAUGUCUUAAAAGAUGACUAUGAAACUAAUUGGCACUUAAAGCAUCUAAGAAGCAAGCUCACUCCAACUUCAGAGCAAAUGCGCUUUCAGUCAUUAACUAAAAAGAACAGAAGAACUGCAUAUAUGGAUAAGCUCAUAAGUGAAGGGCAUUACUUUUCUGAGGAUUCCAUGAGAGAGAGGGAGCCAUAUCUGCAUCAUGAGUAUGUGGGUAAAUUUCAAGAUCCUUACGGGAGAAGCAUGCCCAGGCCUGGGGAGCGGUGGUCAGAGACUUUAAUGAGACGGGCCGAGGAGGCAAUAUUGCUAGCGAAGAUCAGAGGUGAGCAGCAGAGAUUAGGUGUUGAUGAGAGUGAAUGGGUUGGUAAUGAAGGAGCGAGCCGAAUGGAGGAAGAGGAAGACGAGGAGGAGGAGGAGGAAGAAGAAGAGGAAGAAGAAGAAGAGGAGGAGGAAGAAGAAGAAGAGGAGGAGGGUGAAAAAGCUAAUGUUCAUGGAAAUGGGGUGACUACUUCAGAGGUACAACCUGUGCAUGAUCAAGAUGGAGCAGCAAUCAAUGGCAUUGCUUCCGCCAGUGAGAAUGUUGAGAGACCGAUGUUAUCUCCAGCAGAAAUACAAGACCAGUUGGAUCAAUUCACUUACAUAAUGCAGCAGAAAUUCUUAUCUGGACAAGAUCAUGAACAUGUCAAUUAUUCCAAAAUAGAUGAAGAUGAGACCUUGGAUGAUCACUGGUCAAAAGAAGCCAAUUGUGAUGCUGAGGAGAAGUACUUUGAAGAAGAUUGAUCAGAUCAUGGGACUGUAUGUACAGUGUAGUGUAGGAAGGUGUUGAAGUUAUGUAGUUUUAUGUUUACAGUUUUGCCUCUCUCUCUCUUGACUUGGUUAGUUUAAAUUUCUUUAGUUUUAGUCUUCUUACAAAGUACAAACAUAGACUGGAUAAUUUUAUAAUGAAGCACCUCAGCACGUUCAAGUAUAUAAACUCUCUUAUAGACUGGUUCACUUUUUAUAAAGUAUCUCAUCCUUUUGGGGGACUA